AUGGCGGACGGAUUGGACUAUCUGUCCGCGGACUUCGACCUCAACUCACUCACUGUCCCCCGUCUACGCUCGAUCCUGGUCAGCCAUGACGUCCCCUACCCAGCCUCGGCGAAAAAGGCGCAGCUGAUCCGCAUUCUCGAGGAAGAGGUUCUGCCACAAGCGAAGAAACUGCUUCGCGAGCGCGACAGGGUCAAGAGAACCAGUGCUGGAAUCACAGAUAUGCCCAGCCGGGCGACAUCGGUGGCAAGCGACUAUGAUGGUCAACGGAGUGCCAGGGACUCCAUGCCGCCGCCGCCACCGACCCCGUCGACCGUUUCAACCGCGACCGGCACGCGCAGAGGACGCUCGAGGAUGAGCACGAGAGCCUCGACGGCCGAUAUGGAGGAGACUAUUGUGCCGACGACGCCAUCAACAGCGACACGGAGGACGGUUCCGAGGUCGGAGACGAAGCGCGUGCGCUCGGAACUGCGUGACGAUGGGCCUGCGACCCCGGUUGCUCGAGACUUGGUGACGCCUCGGAAGUCGACGGCUAGGAAACUCCGACUCAGUGAAGUUGCGCCUUCGAUUGAGCCGGCGCCAGUGCCAGUGCCCGUGGCUGUGCCUGCGUCAGCUCCGGUUGCGGUUAAGAUGGAGCCAAAGGAGGAUAGUGUGUUCACUGAUGAUAAUCCAUUUCAGAGUGGCAGCUCACCGGCCCCAUGGGAGAAGGGUUCAAGGAGUGUAAGUCGCGAUUUCAAGCGCAAGAGCAGUGGGCGGCUUUCUACGGCUAGUCCUGCACUGAGCCAUGGACUGCGACCACGGAAGUCUGAAACGCCGUUCGAUAUGCAGGAUGAUAUCUCUUCUGUUGCUACGAGGUCUCCCUUUGGAUCACCAGCGGCCCGGCCGGGCUCUCGAGGUAUGGACGUUGACAGUGAAGAGGAUGAGGAGGAGAUGAGUGAAAUAAGCGCUGGGGAGGAGUUCACUCCGGGCGAGCAGUUGGCCUUGGAGAGAGAUCAAGCUGAGUUGCUGUACCCCCCGACACCUCACCGCCGGCGCCGAGCCACAAAGCAGAGCACAGCGAGCAAAGCUGCUCCGUGGGUACUCAUCUUGUCUCUGAUCGGUAGCUUUGGUGCUUGGUGGCGGAAGGAAAAGAUCGAGAUUGGGUACUGUGGUCUGGGGAAGCCUACCUGGUCCCUGGCGGAGACUCGAGUGCCUGAGUGGGCGAGUGUGCUGGAACCGCAGUGUGAUCCAUGUCCUCCACAUGCAUUCUGCUACCCCAACUUUGAGGCACGGUGUGAGCAUGACUUCAUUCUGAAGCCGCAUCCUCUAUCGCUGGGAGGGUUGGUCCCUCUACCUCCAACCUGCGAGCCGGACAGCGAGAAAGCACGUCGCGUGAAGGCCGUAGCCGAAAAAGCCAUUGAAGAGCUCCGUGACCGACGAGCUAAAUUCGAAUGCGGAGAGGCCCUGGAGAAUGGUAAAGAAGUCACCUCCCCGGAAAUGAGCGAGUCGGAUCUGAAGCAGGUCAUUGGCAACAGACGCCGCAAGGGUAUGAGUGAUGCCGAGUUUGAUGAGCUAUGGAAAGGCGCACUAGGCGAACUCCUGGCAAAGGAUGAAAUCGUCAGCAAAACCCAACAACCCUCCGAUGUCCUCGUUCUCACAUCGACUUCCAUUGCACGACUCCCCUUUACGUGUGCCUUCCGCCGCUACAUCCGACUCUCUCUCCUCGCGUAUCGACUCCCUCUUUCAAUUCUGAUCUUGACCAUGAGCGCAGUAGUUUAUGCGCGAUCGAAGGUUCGUGCCCGGCGAUCUGAUGUUGCCCGCGUUCCAGAGCUAGUGGCGACUACGCUAGAUCGCCUGGCGACACAAGCGGCUUUGCAUGCCCGCGGUGAGGCCAGGGAGCCAUAUAUCCCUAUCGGCCAACUGCGAGAUGACGUCCUCCGCUUUGAACUACGCGGCAAGCGACGGGAAGAUCUCUGGAAACGGGUGCGCAGUGUGGUUGAGGGCAAUGCCAACAUUCGCGCUGCGGUCCGUGAAGGACGAGGUGGAGAUGUUGCGCGCGUGUGGGAAUGGAUUGGGGGCAUCAGCGGCGCGCAGACCAAAGCUCUUGAGAGUCAUUCUCCACGACUAGGGGACGGCCCGCAUCCGCUGGCGUAUUCGUCCCCAUCGCAUGAGGAAGCCCGUGCUUCCGCUGACGGUCAGGUCAUGGAGCCAAGCUCCAGGGAAGCUCGUCGCUGGGACGAGGGUAGACCGGUCUACUGA